AUGGAACACCUGUUUCAAGGAUGUCAAUGCUUUAGACUUAAACAACAAGAUCACUUGAAUGGUAGUCACAUUGAGUAUGACUUGGACCUUGAAAGCUGGUCACAAUUGGGAAUCAAAGGGGCUCUUUUAUGGCCUGCAUCAGCAACUUGUCUGACCUUGUGUGAUUGCAUCCCAAGACUGAUUCAUGAUGGGGUUAUAGAUUCAUAUGGAAUCCCUGGCAGAAGACAGAAAAUUCAACUCUCCCCAAAUAUGCCUUUGAUGGACACAGAAAACUUUCCAUGGCGUGGCCAUGACAAGUUACACUUUGAUCAUCUUGUGCAAGAGAUGGAAGAAGACACGUCUUGUUUGGAGUGGUUAGAUCAGCAGCUACCUCAAUCUGUUGUGUAUGUUUCCUUUGGUAGUAUGGCCGUAAUUGGCCCCAACCAAUUUAAGGAGUUAGCUCUUGGAAUUGAUCUCCUUGACAAGCCUUUUCUUUGGGUUGUACGUGCAAGUAAUGACAACAAGGUAAAUAUUAAUACAUACUCUAAUGAUUUUCAUGGAAAGAAAGGUAGAAUUGUAGGUUGGGCACCACAGAAGAAGAUAUUGAAGCAGCGGCUUGCUUCAUUAGUCACUGUGGUUGGAAUUCUACUGUGGAAGGUGUAUGCUGUGGCACACCCUUGUGCUGGCCAUUUGCAAAAGAUCAACUUGUUAAGAAGUCAUACAUUUGUGAUGUUUGGAAGGUUGGAGUAG